AUGGAGAUAUCGCGACGCGUUCACGCCGACAAGGUCAAGUCCGGCGCUACGAGGGUACUUUGGAGACCCCCCUUAAGCGCCUGUAGAUCAACCCGACAAACUGGGACGACCUCGCCUGGGCCAGAUCUACGCGGAGAACAGGGAGAACAGGUGCAGCAAUCUUCGGAGUCAACCGCAUCACCGCAGCCAAAGCCAAACCCGCGAGACAGGCAAAUCUCAACUGCAGCCGCCACCGCCGCCGCUGCCGCCCCCAACGUGUCCACGAUGUCAACGGACAUUCCGGGCGCCCAUUGGAGUUGUUAUACACCUUCGGAUCAACUGCAGCACUCGGAUUGCACCAACCGUCGUCUCUCCGUCCACUUCGAACGUUGA